UCUCUUGCUCUUCUCUCUCUCUCUCUCUUUUUCGGAAUCGAUCCAAACUUCUCUGUAGUACCCACCUAUGGUGCCCCUUGCUGGGGCGACUCGGCUCCCCUCUUGUGGGCGCGAGGCGGCAGGGGUCUUUCGCGCAGCCGGAUCCCAAAGCGGUGGGCCAGUGGAGUGAGGGCGAGCCACUGGGUUGGGGUACUUGAAGAUACCAUUCGUUCUGUCUCGGGGUGUGGACUCACUAACACACCUGCCCGGCAGACCCGGGCUGAACAAGCUCCUCCAGGACCUCGGUAUGGCCUCUCUUGGAAGAGAAAAGUGAGUCGAAAAGACCGAAGGAAGCAAAUGGGGAGUAGGGGAGCCUCUCUGUGCGCCCCCGGGCCCGGCAGCAGGCAGAAAGGCGCCCGGCUGAGUGGGCUGGGGGAGUGAAACCCUCCCCGGCCGGGUCGCAAGUCGGCUGAGCAUCCUUCCCCAGUCGGUCUCCGCCUUCCUCCGCCCCCCGCCGGCGCGGCUGCUGGUGACCAGCGCGGCGGAAAGGGCCCUGGGAAGUUUGUGGCAACUUCUCCAUCCCGGGAGCCACUCUAGCGCCGGGGCGCUCAAGUUUGAGCCGGGAGUUUGCUAGCGGCGGCGCUCCGCGUUCGAGCCCUAGUCCGCUGUGGCGAGGUCGGUGCUGGAGGGAUGGCCGGCAGGAACGUGGGUUUCAAGUGGGGCUGGAGGCAGGAGGAGGUGCUCCCUCCUAGCGGGAGCUGGGGUAUCUCAGGUACGGCCUCCGGGUCCGCACCGUGGCCCCCUCCUGCGGUCCGGACCCCAGCGCGGCGGCCUUCUCCGAGCGCUCCGUUGCUGAAGCUCCCAGGGCGGCGGAGCGUAGGUUUGGGAGACUACGGUGGAAGGCGCGAAACAGGCAGGUGCCAGGUCUGGGGAAUAACACGCGCGUCCCGGGGAAACGCAUGGAGUAGGACUGUUUGGGGAUGACCCCAGGAAACUGAGAGGAGAAGGAUACAGGGCUCUUUCUCUUAGUUUUGGCCCCGGCCUCCAAAUGAGCGGUGCACGUUUUACUUAGAAGUGUCAACCACAGGGUCGCCUCUCAAAGUGCCCUGGUUGGCAACUUUGACCUCUGCGCCCUUCCCCCGUGAACUUUCUCAGAGGCAUUCCAGACUUCAGGCAAAUGUGACUUGGACUCCACAUGGUUGUAAAAGAGACAGGGGAUACCGAAACAUGCCCUAUUCCCGGGAGAGAGUCUCUUUGCCCAGACUAAUUGGGGUUCUUUGCCUGCAUCCUGGGAGGCCGAGGGGACCUGGCUUUCCCAAGAGGACAGAGAAAGGGGGUAAGAAUGAGUAAAACGCGGCCGCACUGUCAAGUGUUGCCCUAAGCAGUCCUUGGAAUCCAGAGUGUGUUUUGCUACUGAUAGAGUAACUCAUCCCGUUGAAACUUUAUUGAGAUUUACACCCUCUACAACGUGGAUUUUUCUGAGAUGUCAGCAAUGUGGAAUUCAUUCUAUACUGUCAAAUGUAGCUGCAAAAAACCAAAACGUACUUUAAGACUGGAGAAAGCCAAGGUUGAGGUAUUUACUCUAAAAACCUUUCAUCUGCUGUUUGGUGCUAGUGCUAUGAUUUAGCAGCAGCCCUUUAUUUCUAUGCAUAUUAUUUUAGUAGAACAGUAGUACAUUCAUAUACUGGCUGCUCCAGUCUGCUGGCAAACAUUAGCAUUCAAGCUUACAUUUUUGACAAAUGUGCAGACAGGAAUAGCAUGAAUAGGCAUCUUAAAUAUUAACAACCUAAGCAUCUGUUGUGAAACAAAUUUAAUAUAUUUACUCUGUUUUUCUCACAUUGUUAGAAAAGGUUAUAAUAAGUGCAUAAUUUCAACUAUAGUUAGCAGAAGUAACUGGCUGUAUCUUUCACUACCUCUCCAAGUAUUUAACACAAUCACCAGCCAUAAAUACUUUAAUUAACUUGGUUAGGCAUAUUAUUAAAUACACUUCAGACAAUGUGCAUAUGAUGUAAAACAAAACAGUAUCAAAAUAUGUAUCCUAUUUGUGCACAUUUUAAAUGACUAUGCAUUUUAUAAAUAUAGCAAAUGUGUUUGUUCCUCAUCUCCAUUUGACACUUUAUUACUUCAUAUUUUUUCUAAUGGAAACAGUAUUUUAAAUGUAGAGUUGUUCAGUCAUAUGUAAUACAUAAUAAGUAAACAGUAGCUAUAAAAUACAAAGCAUUGUUGAAUUUAAAUAUGACUAGAUGUAACAAGAUUACACAGGAGAAAUAAAAUCACUGUUCAAUUUUGUAUUCCUUUCUGAAUAAUGAAUACAAAUGAUGGAUGAAAAGGAACAAAUAGGGAUUUCCUUCCUAAAGUACUGUUUCCUUAAAAUGGAGUGAGGGAGGGGGGGAUAGAGAAAGAGGACCUAAAAAACUUCCAAAAUUCUGAACAGUUAUUUACAGAAUCAAUGCAUUCCUCAUUUUCCCACAAGCUGAAAUAUGUAAUAAAUAAUAGUUCUUUGUAUGUAAAAGUAUUUAAAAGGAAUGCCUUUUGUUCAGUUGUUUUAAUAAAUUAAUAUAUUCUUUGGUUGAUAAUCUACAAAAGUAGCUCUUUUGUUUCCCGUGAUCUUAAACAAGACCAACAACAAAAUGAAUAUUGGUUUAUUUCUGCAAAGAAGUCUGUUGCCAGCUAUAUGAACCUGAUUGGAUAAGAUAUGAAAAUGCUGAGUGAUGGUUAAGAAAGCCUGCAUUAACUUAGCUAAGACUAAAAGAUCUGGAGGAGAUUUUCAAUUAUUUUUUUUUCAUGUGGCAGGUUGUGGAUUGUAAAUUAGGCCUAAAAGGUCAGGUGACAGGCACCUGUUCCUCAUUAUUGUAAAAAUCUUUUGGUUACAAACACUAUUAAGUUAAACACAACACGGAUAUACAGCAGGGACUCUAUAAAGCACUCUAGUGGUUUUUCAUCUGCUCUGUAAAUUUCCAGAAGGGCCAUACAUAGAUGUGCCCUUUACGUAACACGUCGUUUCUUCCAUACAUGUUGUCUUGGAUGACUGUAAUUUAUAUUACAUUAGUACUUGGGAUUGAUGAAGUAUAUAAAAUAAAUGCAUAUGACUGAAUCAGUCUUCAGACUGUCUAGACAUGUUGCAGUCGAAUGCAAAAUACUCUUUUCAAACCCCUUUUUUCCUUUACAAUUCUAAUUGUCAAAUUUUUGUCCAUGUUUUAAAUAGAAACCUCCCCAAAUUGUCUUUUAUACUUUUUAGAUAAGAUGAGCUCCCCUUUUAAAUGAUGCCAUGAAAUAUUUUGCUCCAUAUUUGUGUAUAAGGAGAAAAUUAGUUGCUAUAUACCAUCAUAGCUUUGUAGCAUAUAUAAAAUGGGAAGAAAACCACAUUUUGCAUGAAUGCUGUUAGGAAGGGGAUCAUUGUUUGAGCUUCAAACUUGCUGCUUCUCUCAGAAGAGUUCAGUAAUAUUCCUAUUGGAAUUAAGUGUGAUGUGAGUUUUAUAGCUUGUUUACUGUUAUUUAUUUCAGAGAGCAGAAUAUGCAAACAUAUCGAAAAGACCUAAGUAGCACAAGGUUGCAAAAUAUUAAAGAUUCCAUAUGCUUUUAAUUAGCAAAUGAGGAUUUUGUAUAAAUUAAGUAACUUAGGUUAUUGAAUUCUGUUAUUUAAAUAUGUUCUUUGUCUCUUUGGUUUUAUAUAGCUUAUGCUUAUUAUAUUAAGUAUUCAUUUUUAGCUUUUGUGAUCAGAUUACGGGACAGUCAUUACUCUUGCUUUUCAAAUUGAUUUAGGUUGCGAACCCCAAAACUCUGAGAUGAUUUUUACAAAUUGGUUUACGUUUUGACAGAGUUAAGUUAAUUAGUAGAUCAAGCACGAAAAACCAUCCGUGGUAGGGUAUAUUUUCUGGUAAAAUGAAAGUUAUGUUUCAGCAUGAUGAGCAUCAGGCUUCAGUAAUCUGUUCCUCUUGUGGAAUGAACACUUCCUACUUCGAGCUAGCAGGCACCUACUGUUUAUUUACGCUGCAUUAAACUGACAGCUCAGCAAUCAGAGGAAAAAUAUUACUUACCUUCCUGAAGUAAAUACCAGUUUAUAGGUUAGUGCACGUAUUUAUAUUCCUGUCACCACUAAAUAACGGCUCUGUCUCCAUUUUAAUAUCUACCUGUGCUGUAAUCCAGGGCUUCAGACUCUUCCUGGUUGGGGGUAGGAGGUCAGGAGGAGUUUUUCUUAUCAUUUCCCAGUGGCAAAACUUUAAAGAGAAGCAAUUUCAUCUUCUCAUUUCUGUCAUGUAAGAACCAGUUGAAAGAAAUGUUAUGCACUUUUACUUUGCAUACCUCAACUAUAACAUCAAAAUCCAAAAAGAGUCUGCAUGCCACUUAAAAUAGUCAUCCUGAAGCAACCUCCAGACAGAUACCUUCAAACACAUUCAAGUGUGUGUUUGCUACAUUAACAUUCUACAGAGUUCCAAGUAGAUUACUUAAACUAUUUGAUUUCUUAGAUAAUUACUUAGAAAAAGUAUCUUCCCUUCCAAAUCUUAGAUGGAAUGUUUCAGUUUUUAAUGGAAAUCUGCAAAUAUGAGUACAAAGUAGGGCUCAUUGAUUGGUUGAUUGAUACUGUUGCUGUCCCCUGAGAAUAUUCUUACCACUUUUACUUCUUGUCUUGCUAAUUUGCCAACCUUAAGAUAAAAGAGAUUGCUACUUUCUUAUAAUAUUAAAUGUUAUUUGUUGUUUUGUAUUUUAAUUAAAAGUUUGUUCUCUGCAAUGACCCCUUGAAACUUCAAAAUGUGGUUAAAGGUGAAUUCUAAAACUCAUAAUUAACUUUUGAGAAAAUGCUCGUUUUCGCUUACAUUGUGUAAGUAGCUCUUACACUCGUGGUCUACACAUAGCUGUCAAUUGCUAAUCAUAUAUUCCAUUGACAUCAGAGCCGAAUGUGGUCUUAAUACAGCAUACAAAUCAAAUCUGUUACACAAGUUUCUUCUCUUUCGCUAUACCAAAGAAAAAGUGUCUUACUAUGGUAAUUUAAAUAUCGUUCAUAAGUGCUAUUCUCAAUGGUAAGUCUAUUUAAACUUGAUGUCUUCAUAGAGUGUGAUCAACACAUUAACAUACAUUAUUUAGUAUUUUUGAACUUACGCCAGGUGUACCUUUUGCUGUUUAUUUUUCUAAAGUCUUCUUUAAGAUCAGAUAUUUCGUUUCAGAGUAAAUAGAUACAGAUUGUGUGUAUAUAUAUUCAGAGUGAGAUAUAGUAGUGUAGCGUUUCUCCAGCAUAUUGGCCUAUUUUUAUUCUUUCAAGUUAUUCUGUAUCACUUCCACAGUUGUUGCUGUCAGAAGGUUUGUAAUAGAAAUUCUAAUCAUCUCUUUCAAUGGACUUUCAAGAAUGUAAUUCAGUUUAUGCGGUGAUCUACUGUAGUUUACGAGAGAUGAAAAUUAGUUAACUGAUACUCCAGCGUUUAUGUCCUUAGUUUCUGCUGAAAUUUAUUAGUCCAGUUAUUUAAUAUUUGGUAGAGAAGUAUCUUGCAGUCGGAAAUUAAGAGUUGUUCAAGUUUCCAGUGGAGAAAAGAGAUUGCUGGGUAAAACAUUUAACUGUCCAAUAUUUUAUUAUGCUCAUUCAUUUUAGAGCCCGCUUAUUAUUGCAUGCGUUUUUGAGUACCUAGGGGCGCAGGACCCCCAAAUGAGACUGAAAUGCUCGCAGAAGAAGCAGUUGUCAGGCUGCACCUGGAUGUGCCCUUACUAGAAUGUCUGUGGCCCUGCGCGGGUCCCCCGCCUCUGCAGCCCUUCCCCCCAUGUGUGCAGGAAAUAGAGGGUGUUAUACUGGGUGAAGUGGGUGGACUCUACCCAGAGCUAUGACCUGAUUUGUGACGCAUCUUCAGAACUGCAGUAAUGGUCCAGCUGCUUCACAGGCAACUGGUAACCACCUCAUUUGGGGAUGCUUCUGCCUUGCUGGCGGUGCCAGGGAGAACUUCAUCAUUGUCACCUCAUCAAAGACUACUUUUUCAGAGCUCUCCUGUAGGGCUAGCUUCUGAGAGCAGCCUCUGAUAUUUGGAGGGUGAUCUUUAGAGGGUAACUGAGUAUGGAUCAUUUGAACGAGGCAACUCAGGGGAAAGAACAUUCAGAAAUGUCUAACAAUGUGAGCGAUCCGAAGGGUCCACCAGCCAAGAUUGCCCGCCUGGAACAGAACGGGAGCCCACUAGGAAGAGGAAGGCUUGGGAGUACAGGUGCAAAAAUGCAGGGAGUGCCUUUAAAACACUCGGGCCAUCUGAUGAAAACCAACCUUAGGAAAGGAACUAUGUUACCGGUUUUCUGCGUAGUGGAACAUUAUGAAAACGCCAUCGAAUAUGAUUGUAAGGAGGAGCAUGCAGAAUUCGUGUUGGUGAGAAAGGAUAUGCUUUUCAACCAGCUGAUAGAAAUGGCACUGCUGUCUUUGGGUUACUCGCAUAGCUCUGCUGCCCAGGCCAAAGGGCUAAUCCAGGUUGGAAAGUGGAAUCCAGUUCCACUGUCUUAUGUGACAGAUGCCCCUGAUGCUACAGUAGCAGAUAUGCUUCAAGACGUGUAUCAUGUGGUCACAUUGAAAAUUCAGUUACACAGUUGUCCCAAACUGGAAGACUUGCCUCCAGAACAAUGGUCGCACACCACAGUAAGGAAUGCUCUGAAGGACUUACUGAAAGAUAUGAAUCAGAGUUCGUUGGCCAAGGAGUGCCCCCUUUCACAGAGUAUGAUUUCUUCCAUUGUGAACAGCACUUACUAUGCAAAUGUCUCAGCGGCAAAAUGUCAAGAAUUUGGAAGGUGGUACAAACAUUUCAAGAAGACAAAAGAUAUGAUGGUUGAAAUGGAUAGUCUUUCUGAACUAUCCCAGCAAGGCGCCAACCAUGUCAACUUUGGCCAGCAGCCGGUCCCAGGGAACACAGCCGAGCAGCCUCCAUCCCCCGCGCAGCUCUCCCAUGGCAGCCAGCCCUCUGUCCGGACCCCUCUUCCGAACCUGCACCCUGGGCUUGUAUCAACGCCCAUCAGUCCUCAGUUGGUCAACCAGCAGCUGGUGAUGGCUCAGCUGCUGAACCAGCAGUAUGCAGUGAAUAGACUUUUAGCCCAGCAGUCCUUAAACCAACAAUACUUGAACCACCCUCCCCCUGUCAGUAGAUCUAUGAAUAAGCCUUUGGAGCAACAGGUCUCAACCAACACAGAGGUGUCUUCCGAAAUCUACCAGUGGGUACGUGAUGAACUGAAACGAGCAGGAAUCUCCCAGGCAGUAUUUGCACGUGUGGCUUUUAACAGAACUCAGGGCUUGCUUUCAGAAAUCCUCCGAAAGGAAGAGGACCCCAAGACUGCAUCCCAGUCUUUGCUGGUAAACCUCCGGGCUAUGCAGAACUUCUUGCAGUUACCGGAAGCUGAAAGAGACCGAAUUUACCAGGACGAAAGGGAAAGGAGUUUGAAUGCUGCCUCUGCUAUGGGUCCUACCCCCCUGAUAAGCACACCUCCCAGCCGCCCUCCACAGGUGAAAACAGCUACUAUAGCCACUGAGAGAAAUGGGAAACCAGAGAACAAUACCAUGAACAUUAAUGCUUCCAUUUAUGAUGAGAUUCAGCAGGAAAUGAAGCGCGCUAAAGUGUCCCAAGCACUGUUCGCAAAGGUUGCGGCAACCAAAAGCCAGGGAUGGUUGUGCGAGCUGUUACGCUGGAAGGAAGACCCUUCUCCAGAAAACAGGACCCUGUGGGAGAACCUGUCCAUGAUCCGAAGGUUCCUCAGUCUUCCUCAGCCAGAGCGUGAUGCCAUUUAUGAACAGGAGAGCAAUGCGGUACAUCACCAUGGCGACAGGCCACCCCACAUCAUCCAUGUUCCAGCAGAGCAGAUUCAGCAGCAGCAGCAGCAACAGCAACAGCAGCAGCAGCAGGCGCCGCCCCCUGCGCAGCCACAGCCCCAGCAGCAGGCUGGCCCUCGGCUCCCCCCACGGCAGCCCACCGUGGCCUCGCCCGCCGAGUCCGAGGAGGAGAAUCGGCAGAAGACCCGGCCACGAACAAAAAUUUCAGUGGAAGCCCUGGGCAUCCUCCAGAGUUUUAUACAAGACGUAGGCCUGUAUCCAGACGAAGAGGCCAUCCAGACUCUGUCCGCUCAACUUGACCUUCCCAAGUACACCAUCAUCAAGUUCUUUCAGAACCAGCGGUAUUAUCUAAAGCACCACGGGAAACUGAAGGACAAUUCCGGUUUAGAGGUAGAUGUCGCCGAAUAUAAAGAAGAGGAGUUGCUUAAGGAUUUAGAAGAGAGUGUCCAAGAUAAAAAUGCUAACACCCUUUUUUCAGUGAAACUAGAAGAAGAGCUCUCCGUGGAAGGGAACACAGACAUUAAUGCGGACUUGAAAGACUGAGAUGAAAGUAUUAUUUUCAUUCAACAGUGCCACUGGUAUUUACUAACAAAUGAAAAGUCCACCUUGUCUUCUCUCCGAAAACCUUUGUUGUUCAUUGUUUGGCCAAUGAAUCUUCAGAAGCUUGCACAGACGGGAAAGUCGGGAAAGGAUCAUACAGACUCUGCACUAAAUGUUUUUCUCUGUUCUACGAACUGCUUGGCAGCCCCAGGUGAAGCAUCAAGGAUUGUUUGGUAUUAAAAUUUGUGUUCAUGGGAGGCACCAAGGUGUGUACCCCAUAAGCAUGACCCCAGUGAUUUUUUUUUUUUUUUUAAAUUCUGGAGCCUUCAAACAAGCAUUAUAACUUCUAUGAUUAUUAUUUCCUUUCCUUUAAUUAUUUCUGUAACACUCCACACUGAUCUUUGGAAACUCGCAACUCGCCCCUUAUUUAAAAAAAAAAAAAAAGAGUUUGUUACUCUAUUGUAUGUUACAAAAGAACUAUAGACUGUGGAAUGCAGUUUAAAAAUGACAUAUGCCAACAAAUGCCUUGUAUUAUAUGGCACUGCCGUAAUUCAAAUUUGUUUUUAUUUUGAAAAUAAAAGUUCACUGUAAUUUUUUUUCAUUCUCAUUGUUACAUGAUUUUAAAAAAAAAAAACAAAAAACAAAAUGUGAAACACAGUUAAGUCCUCAUUAUUUAUUUGUAGAUCCUGCAGCAUCAGGUUGUAAUUAAUUUUUUGGAAGUUUCCGUUAAAUGUAAUAUUGCUUCUCUUGUUUACCAUACUGAUUUGUUUCUUCUAUUUAUAAAUGUAUUUUAAUGGGCAGUAAAACAAAGUGUCUUAAAAGUUUUAAAUAGAGAAAAUGUGCUUUACACAGUUGCCUAUAAAAAGUGCUCUAUGUUAUCCAAGCAAUUCAUACUAUAAGCUUCACUCUUAUUGUUGUAUGCAAUUUUUACUAUCAUGCAAAUAAGCUUAGGUAAAUAAAACUAAUAGAUCACCUUAGAAAAUUAUGCAAUUAAUGUGAAAAUAAUUGAUGUUUGCAAUGUGUCUUCCUUUGGUUUACAAUCAAUUUUAAAGCUACAUCUGUAUAAAAUUUCUGUAUAAAGGUGUAUUUCUUUUUUAUGAGUUUAUGGCUAUGAAAACACCAGCUAUUUUGUUACAGCUGGCUGUUUUUAUAAGUGUAUCACAAUUUUCUUUAUGCAGAAAUGUUCUGAUUAGGAGUGGUUAUUGACUGUAACUACACAAUUAAACUUGUUUGUAUGGUAUGACAUGGUAGGGUUUGUCUGCUUAUGUGAAGUAACUAAGAAAAAGAGUCCAAGGAUGGCCUUCUCAUUAAAGUGCAUGUUAAUACUUUCUUGAUGAUAUUUUACCAACUUUCGAAAGAGCAAUUGAAAAGUCACCUUGAAACACUGUAAAUUUAAGUCACAGACACUCAUUUUUUAAGUUUAACAAUGAAGAUGAUAGUCUGUUUUUGGUUAACAUUUUGCUUGAUGAACAGCAGGGUGGUCAAAAGACUCUCCAACAAAAACAGAAAUCCAGUAUCUGGCAGUGAUGCACUUAGAAUGAAUACAUGUGCUUUUUGUUUUAAUAGUUCAAUUAUGGCAACAAUUUUCCUUAAGCUAAUGUAUAAAUAUCUUUAAGGCCAUUCAUAGGAACAUAAAAUAAGUAGGAAAAAAAUAGAUCUUCUGUGUAAACACCCUUUAGCAAGCAAUGGUUUUAUUUUGCAAGUUACAAAUGGACUAUAAGUUAAUUCUGAGCUCAUUUGGUUGUGUAUAUCAUAACUCUUUUAAGAACUGCAUGAAGAGUGUAAGAAUAACAGACCUGAAAUUUAAACACAAUUUUUCUUUAAAAGGUAAUAGCUGAUUCUUGCAAAACAGAACUUAGUAAACUCCAAGAUAUAAAAUGAAGUGUGCUAACUUACAGAAAGGAUUGAGGCCAGUGUUUCAGAUUUUUUGUAUUCCAUUCACUUGAUCUUUGCUGCUGCUUUUUAAGGUUUCUUGGAUUUUCUUAAUAGGGAUACCUAGGUUCUUGAGAUGAAGUUCUACAAUCACCAGUUUUCUUUCUGCCUACCAUUUCCCCAGGCCCCGAUGAUCUCCUUGGUAGGUGACUGGGCUGCUUUAAUGUUGAACUUUUACUUAAGAAACUGAAUCGGGCGCGUUGAAAACUCCCAAUUCAGCUUUAAAUUACCAUUUACUUUUGAAGCCCAGCUGAGCUGCUCUGAAGGCAGCUGGUUUGCUGCAAAGUUAAAAUUGUAUUGAAAAAGUUUUCAAUUCCUUUUUAUUAAGUGCAAAAAUAACUUUUAAACACUCUUGCUCACUAGAGUUCAGAAAACUAAUCAUUUGAGCAAGAGGAAUUUGAAUUGAGAAAACAAACUAGAUUCUGUGUGUUAAAAAAGAAAUAGAAAAUUAGUAGAAGCUAGUAUGCCAUGAAGUUAAUGAGAAGGUAGCUUCAUCUUCUUUCCCCCAAGUUUAAGGGAAAAGGCUAGAGAGAGAGUUGAAUUGAUUUUUAUUUUAUUUUACUAGCCAAGCACUUAAGGUGUCAAGUAUUUAGUGAAAAAAUAAUAAUGAAAGGAGGAAUUGGGUUGCAGGUAAGAUCUUCCCUUUCCCAAUAACUUCCUAACCUCUUUGGAAAUAACGUUUUUAACGAGUCGAUGAUUGUGUCUUAGAAAUUAACAUAACAAUGCUAAUGAAAUUCUCCCUUAGGCCCUUUAAUUUUUUUAAGUAUGACUUUACUAAUUUGAUAUUUUAAACCAAAAAAAAAAAAA